AUGACUACAGAUCUAGAUCACUCCGUCCCUUCCGCCAUCUCGGCGCCUUCUCCACAGUUCCACUCGCGGGACACGCGCCUCAUCCGUGAAUCGCGUCUGGCUCCCUCACUACUCUUGUCCUCUCCGCCAUCAGGAGACUCGAGUCCAUCGACCGCUGGUUCCCCCGGCCAACGAACCUCUCCGCGGAGUAUCACCCUCGAACCCCCGCCUCUCCCAUUUUUAUCCUCGUAUCGUGCAGCCGAAGAAUCUCGGCCCUCUUCGCCGGUCAAUCGCGAGGCGGAAGGCAGCAUCUACUACACCACCGCGUGGGGAUCCCCAUAUGCAGCACCUAGCACUCGGAGACUGUCAGUGACCAAUAGCCAAAUCGAAUUCGCUGGUGUCGACCACGGAUCUGGUCCCAGCUCGCCCGUCUCGUCAGUAGCCAACCACACCGAGUUGCGGAGACCGAGUGCCGGCAACGACGACACACUUGAACCCGUGGACCGCGAUAGCCCCGCCAAUAACGGAGGUAAAUCGAUACGGGAUUUUACGCAAGAUUGGAUCAACCAGUACCUUACUGGUCAGCCUAGAACAGAGCGCAGCAAUUGGCUCAGCGACGACUCAGGAAGUGAAGCGCCUUCGUUCAUCACUGCGAGGAACCACUUUGCCGACGACGCUUCGGACGACUGGCUCGGUCUGGAAGACGGCUUUCGUUCCGACGACCUAUUGAAAACUCCAACGCUCUCUGAUUUCGUUGGGAAAAAAGCCGCUGCGCGUGGAAAAGUCAGCAAAACCUUACACAAACGCGCUGAUACACUGCGGCAAGAGGAUUUUUGGGGGUUUGCUUACGACAAAGACCCACCACAAAACAACAUGUCAGACCCAAACACACCCACCGUCGAGGUAAACUCGCCGGUAGAAAAGCCGUUACCUCCUCCGCCCGCAAACGCGACGGAGGACGUUGCAAAGAUGGAAGACCCACUCAACCCGGGUCCACUAAAAACACAGGUCUCUGAUAUCAGCAGAUCAGCCGCUCAAACACCACGGCGGAGAAAGAAAUUGAAUUGGCGUGGGAAAGCCUGCAUAAUCGAGCUACCACAUGAUGAUAAAAGAGGUUCGGGACCUGGGUAUCGUCUCCUAACACCUGCCGACAUUCAGCAACGAAUGCAAGAAUGGGAGAACGAAGGGUACGAUGUUCGUGGAUUCACCAUUGGCGAUUCCGAGGACCCCUCCAUAACGACAACUCUUGGAGGUCUCAGCCGACCCCUAUAUCCCGACCCAUAUGACCUCCAUGAAAUUUCCAAGAGCCAAUCGCUUGUCGUCAACUUCCCAGACAGGGCCAAGUGGGAGUCUUAUAUCACUGAGCUCCAAGAAGAAAAGCUACGCGCUCUUGGGGUGUCAUUUGGUGAUGAUGAGCCUGAACAAUCAAUAUCACCCGAUUACUCGCUCAACCCUAGUGGCACACCUUUCCCAGGCCUCGUCGCAUCACCGCCGAUCCCUACUACGUCUGCGGCAAGCAAUCCCAUCGGCCAUAUUCACCCAUUCUCGCCUCACUUCAAUCAAUCAUCAAUGCCUACGCCUGGUGCGAUGGGGUCCGUGGCAUCGCCUUCGCAAUUCGGUAUGCAGACGCCAUUCAUGGGUGCGGAUCAAAAUAUGAUGGGUGGGUUCCCCUUCCAAUUCCAGCCCACACCUCCUGCUCAGGGAUCUAUGACUCCUCAAGGAUUCAUAAACGCCCGGCAGCCAACCACUUCGGCUGGCCCAGGAGCAAUGGGCAACUUUUCCUCCAUGUUAUCGCCGGUUUCUCCGCUACAUGACCAAGGGCCUUUCCACCCCGGGUUCAACGAUAAGGCUGUGUUCGAUGACAAAUAUGGCCAUGGCAUGCACCAGGAAGGCCUGCCAUAUCAGGCUCCCAAGACCCCGGUUAAUGGCCACCCAGAUCAUUUCCAUGCAUCCAACGUCGAGAUUGCCCAGCCUACACCUCGAGGCCACGGUCAUAAUUUGAGCGAAACUCUGCAAAGAGGACUGGACCAGAUGACGCAUACCGAUUACCAUCUGGAAAACUCGAUCGACCGACAAUUGGAGGAUGAUUACCGUGAUUUGAGCGACCACGCAGGCCUGAAUGCCAACAUGCUGAAGUCGCGCUGGGGAUUGCCAGAAAAUGAACACCAAGCACAGAACCCUUCCCAUCACGCACCCCAUCCCUUCACCCAGCACCAGCUCCCUCACCAAUUCUAUGGAGACCAAUAUCAACAACAUAAUGGUCUUGAGGCUUCUGAUCUCGACACAAACCCCAGCGUUGCGGGUACGCCGCAGACUCGCCAAGGGCCGUGGCACGAGACCCAGCCCAGCGGCAACUCCUACCACGCAGGCCAUCAGUCGCAGCUCUCGAUUUCAUCCCUCAACGUUGAAGCCAAGGAAUUCGACCCUACCGCAUCGUUCAGUUCGCAGCCUGUGCCGUUCGGUAACGACACAUUCCAGUUCGGUGGCAGGAGCGAACAAGGACUCGGUUUUGUCCCGCCUCCCUCAUUCGCGCCUGGUAGCAGUAUUAACGGUCCAAUGGAUUCCAAGCUGAACCACAAUGCCAGUGGUAGCGGCGGAUUCAAGUUCUCCACCGCAUCGUUCAAUGUUGACGCACCUGUUUUCAACCCCAACCCCGCUAUCAGCGUCAACUCGAAUGCCAGCUCCGAGCAGCCUCCCGCUGGUCGCACCAAGAUCUUCGGCGACAUUGACAUCAGCGAGAUCACCACGCCUGACAAGAAGUCCAAGGCUAUUCCUAUUGUGCGGCCUGAUGAGAUCGAACAGGAGAACAAUGAGAAAGAGCGGGUCAUUGAAGACGACACCAACGGUCGACCCAUGCAGCCUACCGACCGCCACAAGCGUGCGCGUCGCGGUGUUGGCCACGCGGAAGGCGAGGCUAGAUACAGCAUCUCGACCCACCCUCUGGGUGAGGCAGGCAACGCUCAGUCUUCGAGCGCGCUCCAUACCGUCGCUGAGGGCAAGGAGAAUGCCAUGCCCAAAGAGAACAAUCCAGUAGAGCGGACGGGUACCCCUGUUAGCGAAGCUGACACUUGGACUUUAUUCGAUGCGAAGCGCGAGGCUGAGAACGCGUCGCAAACUGGAUCACCGGCCCAGGCAGAGGCCUCUAAGGAUAUUUUUGUCGAAGAACGUGAACCAAGGGAGCCUGCUGCAGGAGAUGAUACGUCUGUCACUGUCUCAAAGGGGGUCGAUCACGCUCCUCAUGGAUCCAAGAGCUCGAUCAAGAGCAGUGUGCUGUCGCCUAAUGCCCAGGCUUUCGAGUUCAAGCCUGCUGUUUCUGAAUUUGUUCCUACGACGGUUCAACCAUCUAGCUUUGCUGAGCCAAAGCCUCUUGAAGCAAAUGUCACUCAGGAGCAGCCCAUAGGAAACGCUGUCAAGAGUCCCGCUGAAGAUAAACCUAAGAAAGCUGGACUCAUGGCUUCUCGCUUUGCCGCCCCAAGCCCACCUAAGCAGAAAACCUCGCCAGAUCAGCCUGAGGCCCAGACUCCAACCCGCGUAGAAACAGAAUUCAUCACUCGCCAACCUAAACAUUACGACAGCCCGUGGGACUCCGAGGACGACUCACCUGACGAUGAUGAGCUGAAUGCAGUCAUGGAACAGCUAAACGACGACGACGCAGAUGUCGGCAUCGAGCGGCAAGCGACUCCUUACAACACGAUCCACGCGACUCCCUUCCAACUGCGACACGACCACCUCACGGAGUCGAUGGGCGGUCCGACGAAGGAGCAGCGGUUUGGUUCCGCGGAGGCCCGAAGUGAAGCCCCCAGCCCGAGCCCUGGUGGAGUCCCCAAGACCUACAAGCUUAGCAUUCCCAAGCUUGGCUCGGACAUCGAUGCCAACAGCAAUGCUACCUUCUCUCCGCAGAAGAGCCUGGUCUCUCGUCUGCAGUCCCCUGUUCGCCACCUUGUUACUGAGAAUGACCAUGUCAGUGACUGGGAUGACAUGAUCUCCGCUGGUGAAGACGAGAAGUUUAUGAACCGUAACCGCUUCUUCGACCGUCGCAUCAAUGAUCUUGUUGGCACCGCGAUCGACGAGCAUUUGGGCCCUAUGGAACGUGCCUUGGCAGUCAUUCAGCAGUCGGUGGCUUCUAUUGCCACGGGCACUGCAAGCAGAAGGGUCUUCCGCAGCACAUCCGCCGAGAUGGAAGACAGUGAUGCUGAUGAUGAGGACGAGGACGAUGACGAUGACGGCGAGGAAGCCUCAGUUCGCGAUCGCUCGCCUCACAAUAUGAGAGAGCGUAAGCUGGAAAUGCUCAAGAAUGUUGUCAUGGAAGCCUUGGUUACCCACGAUAUCCCUCAGCGGGUUUCCCCUCACUCCAGCCACAGCGAGAUCUCGCAGCUUAAGGAAAGCAUUGCUGAACUGCAGGCUCUCACAAUCAAAAAGCUUGCUCAGGACCCUGUUGGCGAUAUGCGCGAGAUUCUCGAGGAAGCCAUGGCCAAGCAAUUGGCCCAGCAGAUCGCCUUGCAGAAGCCCCCCGAGCCCAUCGACGGCCUCAAGGGCAUGUUGCGAGUUGCUGAUGAGCGUGCCGAGCAGGAGUACAAGGAUCGCCGCGAUGCACAGGAUGCUAUGACUGAGCUCCAGCGACUGUUGAAGUUUGCUGAAGAAGACGCUGCUCGUCACAGUGCUGCUGCAGAGGAUGCUGAGUCUCGUCUCCUCCAGUUCAAGGAAGAGAAGAUUCCCUACUUUGAAAAGAUGCAGUUCCGCACUGAGUCUCUUUCGGAAGAGAGCGAGACUCUCAAGGUUACUAUCGCCGAACUGUCCACGAAGAACAUCGCGCUUGAGGGUACCCUCGACGAGUACCGUCUUUCUAGCGAUAGCUUCCGCCGUCAACUUGAAACUACUAAGGGUGAGAACAAGUCUUUGCAUGAGACUAUUGAUCACCUGAGAACUCGCAUCGAGGACAGCAUGAUCUCGCGCCAGAACCUCACUGAAAAGUUCGAUCGUCUUCAAGAUGACAUGCUCAAUGUCACUGCCGAGAUUACUCGCGACCAAGCUGCCUGGCGCAGAAAGGAGGAAGACCACUCUGCUAGGUACAGUGAGCUACGCGCCUCACACUCUCGUGAGCUCCAAUUGCGCCAGAAGCUCGAGGAGGACGUCCGCGAAUUCGAAAAGAACGAGCGGGAGGCCACAAAGCUGAGGUUCAUUCAUGAGCAAUCGCAGCAAGAAAAUGCUAGACUGGAGGAACUGGUCACGAAUCUCCGAGCGGAGAACCAUGAGCUGCAAAUCAAGUCUGCCCGGUUCGAGCGAGAGUUCAUCGAAGCCCGUGAGAGCAGCCGCGCUGAGAUCCAGCGCACUCGCUCCUCGAUGGAGGCGGACCUUGAAGCUUCUAACAGCCAGGUGAACAUUGUGCGUGCCGAGCUGGAGGCCCAAAUCAUUCGUCUGCAGACUCAACUUGACAACAACCGCAUGGAUACCGAUACCUCUCGCGAGCGCUACGAGCUUCUCCUCGAGGAAGCCAGGGACUCGAAGGCCACCGCCCUGGCUGCUAAGGACCUUGCCAUCGAUGAGAACCGCAAAAUUCAUGAGCGCGUUCUCAAUGACCUGCGUGAACGUCACGCUCGCGCUUUGCAUAAUUCUUCGGAGGAUCGUGCACGCGGUGAGAGUCACAACAUGGAGCGCAUGGCUUUGUCCGAGGACAAGGCUAAUCACCUGCAAGAGCGCGUGAACCUCCUUGAAGAGAAGCUAGAGAUUGCUCAAGCUGCUGCCCGUGCUGCUGCCGAAGCAGCCCACAGCGCCAAGACAAUCCCCGGCCCAGUCCCGGCUGCCUCACCCUCGCACUCGCGAGCGACGCCGUCCAUGUCCUACAACAAGGGAUCUGAAGAACCCGAACGGAUCUCUCCUCAAGCGCUGCGCGAGUCGAUCUUCGUCCUCCAGGAUCAGCUCCAGCAGCGUGAGACACGCAUCGAGGAGCUCGAACAAGAAGUCGGUACGAUAGAUAAAGACGCGCCAAAUAAGAUCAAGGAAAAGGAUACCGAGAUCACCUGGCUGCGUGAGCUCCUAGGCGUCCGCAUCGACGACUUGCAAGACAUAAUCCAGACCGUGUCCAACCCCUCAUUCAAUCAGCAAGCCGUCCGCGACGCAGCCAUCCGCCUUAAGGCCAACCUCCAAAUGCAGCAGCAAGAAAAGGAACGCCUCACAACCGGCAACCUCCCCUCCCUCGCCAACCUUGCCGCCUCACCCCGCUCCCUCCCCCUAGCUGCAGCCGCCGCCUGGGGAAAUUGGCGCAAAGGCCGCGAAUCUGCCGUCAACACCUCUGAGCAGACCCCAUCAAAGCCCAGUAACGCGAGCGCUUUCCUGUCAGGCCUUCUAACACCCCCGAGCUCUCAUGUCCGAGAGAACGGUACUGGCUCGCAGACUAGUGCUGCCGCGCGGUUUGCGCAAACUCGCCCUUUGAGAGGCUUCAAAUCAACCCCAAGACGCGGCUCGGUUCGCAGCCAGGCACCUAUCACGGAACCUCAGACGCCACCUCUUCUCCGCCGCUCGAGUUAUGACCAUGACGCUGAGCCGGCGAACUACGAAGAUGGGAGCUUCGCGGAUGAAAACGAGAGUACCGUUGACGGGAUGGUGUCGGCUUCGCCGAGGGAGAGAGACGAUGAGGGUCCAUUUGGACCUCAGAUCGAUGAGGCUGAAGCCGAAGAAAGCGAUAUUCAAGCCGACGCUGAAGCUGACGUCUCCUCUUCCGACGAACCCUCUACUGAGGAAGAGUGA